GGGGCAGUGGGGGAAAGGUGGCGAGGGAUUCUCUGCUGGCACAUCUAAGGGUUGUGAUCGCCGUCCCUUUGUGUCCCCCCCCCCCAAUUCAGAUGUCGCAGCUGUGUGUCCCCCGUGGGGGUCGGGCCCUCUUGGGGGUCUGGAGGCUCCGUUUAUUGGGGGGCCCCCCCGGCUCCGUGCGCUCUGCCAGCUGCCAGCCCAUCCGCAAGGUGCUGGUGGCCAAUAGAGGUGAGAUCGCCAUCCGCGUGUUCCGGGCCUGCACGGAGCUGGGGCUGCGCACGGUGGCCGUGUACUCGGAGCAGGACACGGGGCAGAUGCACAGACAGAAGGCGGAUGAGGCCUACCUGGUGGGGAGGGGGCUGCCCCCGCCGCCCUCGUCCCCCAGUGAGCUGGAGGAGAGUUUCUCCCGCGCCUCCUCGGAGGCUUUGGCUGCGUUUGGGGACGGGGCUCUGUUCGUAGAGAAACUCAUUGAGCGCCCGCGGCACAUCGAGGUCCAGAUCCUGGGGGACAAGCACGGGAACGUGGUUCACCUUUACGAGCGCGACUGCUCCAUCCAGCGCCGCCAUCAGAAGGUCGUGGAGAUCGCGCCCGCGGCGCAGCUGGACCCACAGCUCAGAGCGCGGCUGGCACACGACGCCGUCAGCAUCGCACAGCAGCGUGCCCCCCGCAGGGUGGACCUGGUGCAGGCGCAGCUGUUGGUGGCUGCGGGUCGGUCCCUGCCCGAACUGGGUCUGCAGCAGAACCGGAUCCAGGUGAACGGCUGCGCCAUUCAGUGCCGGGUCACCACCGAGGAUCCGGCCCGGGGGUUCCAGCCCGACACCGGACGCAUCGAGGUUGUCCGCAGCGGGGAAGGGAUGGGGAUCCGCCUGGAUGGAGCCUCGGCCUUCCAGGGUGCCCUGAUCUCACCCCAUUACGACUCGCUGCUGGUGAAGGUCAUCGCUCACGGACCCGACCAACCCGCGGCGGCUGCCAAGAUGAGCAGAGCGCUGGCUGAGUUCAGGAUCCGGGGUGUAAAGACCAACAUCCCCUUGCAGAACGUCCUGGCUCAUCCCCAGUUCCUGGGGGGGGCCGUGGACACUCAGUUUCAUUGAUGAGAACCCGAACUGUUCCAUCUCCGGCCCAGUCAGAACCGGGCCCAAAGCGUGCUCCACUACCUGGGCCAUGUGAUGGUGAACGGCCCCAGCACCCCUCCCGUGAAGGCCAAAGCAGCGCUGGUGGAACCGGUGCCCCCCCAGGUUGGGAUGGGCCCCCCCCCCUCUGGUCUGCGCUCGGUGCUGCAGCGUGACGGUCCGUCGGGGUUUGCUCGAGCCCUACGGGCCCAUCAGGGGCUGCUGCUGACCGACACCACGUUCCGGGACGCACAUCAAUCCCUAUUGGCCACACGGGUCCGGAGCCGGGACCUGGCCCGGAUCGCUCCGUUCGUGGCUCAUUCGCUCAGCGGGCUCUGCAGCAUGGAGACGUGGGGCGGUGAGACGGGGGCCGGGGCCUCCGCUGAUAACGUCAUCUACCGGUUCUGCGAGGUGGCUGCAGCCAAUGGGAUGGACAUCUUCCGUAUCUUCGAUGCUCUCAAUUACCUGCCCAACCUGCUGCUGGGGGUGGAGGCCGUGGGCCGGGCUGGGGCUGUAGUGGAAGCUGCACUGUCCUACACCGGGGACGUGGCUGACCCUACACGUACCAAGUACAGCCUGGACUAUUACCUGGGGCUGGCCAAAGAGCUGGUGGCUGCUGGCACCCACAUCCUAUGCAUUAAGGACAUGGCAGGGCUGCUGACCCCUGCGGCCGCCCGUCUAUUGGUGGGGUCUUUACGGGAUCGCUUCCCCGACGUCCCCAUCCACCUUCACACCCACGACACGGCCGGGGCCGCCAUCGCCACCCUCCUGGCAGCCGCCAACGCCGGCGCCGACGUGGUGGACGUGGCCGUGGACGCCAUGUCUGGGAUGACAUCGCAGCCCAGUAUGGGAGCGUUGGUGGCCUGCGCUCGUGGGACCCCCCUGGAUACAGGCAUUGCCUUGGAGCGGGUCUUUGAGUACAGUGAGUACUGGGAGGGGGCACGGGGGCUCUACGCUGCCUUUGACUGCACGGCCACCAUGAAAUCCGGCAACGCCGACGUCUAUGAGAACGAGAUCCCUGGGGGGCAAUACACCAACCUGCACUUCCAGGCCCACGCCAUGGGGCUGGGGCAUAAGUUCAAGGAGGUCAAGAAGGCCUACGCUGAGGCCAACAAGCUCCUCGGGGACCUCAUCAAGCUGACGCCCUCAUCGAAGGGUGGAGACCUGGCCAGUUCAUGGUGCAAUGGCUGUCCGGAGGAGGCAGAGGCACGGGCAGAUGAGCUCUCCUUUCCACUCUCCGUCGUUGAGUUCCUGCAAGUGGCAUUGGGGGGGGGCUUCAGUCCUUAUCCGCACACCUGGACGUUCACUUUGGCCUUGCACACCUUGCACACCUUGCACACCUUGCACACCUUGCACACUUUGCACGUGCAGGUGGAGCUGGAGAGGGGGAAGACGCUGCACAUCAAAGCUCUGGCGCUGGGGGAUCUGAACGCCGCGGGGCAGCGCGAGGUUUUCUUUGAGCUCAAUGGGCAGCUGCGCUCCAUCCUUGUCAAGGACACCCAGGCCUUAAAGGAGAUGCACGUGCACCCCAAGGCAGACCGCUCAGCCAAGGGCCAGGUUGGAGCCCCCAUGCCAGGGGAGGUGGUGGAGGUGAGGGUGAAGGAGGGGGAUGCAGUGGAGAAAGGAGCCCCUCUGUGUGUAUUGAGCGCCAUGAAGAUGGAGACGGUGGUGACGGCGCCCAGGGGGGGAACAGUCAAACGCAUCCACGUGCGGCCUGGGAUGAGCCUGGAGGGGGACGACCUCAUUGCUGAGAUAGAGUAGGGGGGGGGGCAACCACUAACCCCCCCCAUAGACCCUCACACAUCUCCCUCCCCUCCCCCCCCCUUCAUACAGCCCCUGGCACUUUAAGAAUCCCCCCCCAUGUCUCUGGAGUUGAUGCAGGUUUGGGGUUGCCCUCCCCCUUUACCCCCCCCCCCCAGGAGGAUUAGGGCUCUUGGGUGGGGGGCUCAUCUCAUUUUAGGGGGUUUGUCCCAUUUUUCACCCUGUUUCUGGGGUGUCCACCCCAUUUUUUGUGAAGUUCAUCCCCUCAUUUUGGGGUAAUGACCCCCCCCCCCCUUAUAGGGGCGCGUCACUGUAUUUUAUACUGGGGGGGUGCACCCCAUUUAGAGGGAGCUUUCAUGGAUCAUUCCUCUGGGGGGGGGGCGCAUCCUCACCCCAGUUCUGUGAGCAUUUGACCCCCUUCUAUGGGGGAAAAUCCACCCAUUUCAAGGUGGAGGAUUCACCUCUUUUAGGGCAUCUUUGCCCUAAAAUUCACCCUUUGGGGGGGGGGAAUCUCAUCCCCGUCGCACUCUUCACUUUAUUUCUUCUUGGGGGGGGGCUGCACCUAAUCUAGAGAUCUUUAACACAUUGAUAAGGGGGAUGCUUCACCUUUUGGGGGGGGCUCCUAGUAUACUAGUAUACCCCCCCCCCCUCCAACCUUAGCUGGUAGGUGGGGGUUAGACUUAGAUU